AUGCCUUCGGCCAUGAAAAGAUCAUGCGAUCCUUGCAUCAUACGCAAAACUCGUUGUGAAGGUGAUGGGAGCGUCCCAUGCCAGAAAUGUUCAGCCCGACCAGGACUUUCUUGCACAUAUCUUACGCCCGUUCGAAAGCGAGGUCCAAAGUUCUCAAAGAGGCGAUGCAGAGUGGGAGCAGAGCUCAGGCAGCGACCUUUGGUACAACGUGAUGAAAAACUUGAGCAAACAAAUCUUGAAAUUUGUCAGGAUGUUAAUUCUGUUACCGAAAUUCCUCCCACUUCAUCACUUGAACCAAGCGAAGAGAACUCACUCAUACCUCUUGCCGUUUUGGAGACCAUCAUCGAGGCAUACGAAGCUCGAAUGUUCCCUACUUGGCCUGUUAUCGGCUCGCAAAGUCUGCUAAGGAAUCUGCACGCCAAUGAUACAGAUACUUAUAUUGUUGCAACGGCUUUGUGUGCUGCCACCAUGGCUCAAUUGCACAUAUCACCCCUCCAAUACGAAGCUCGGACAUUCUUAAGCGAGGAUAUGGAGCGCGAAUGCAGACGUGUGCGAGUUGCAUCUCAAUUCCGAGAACAGCCUGAUCUCAAGGAUGUUCUGACUUCGUUCUUCCUGCAUGUGUACCAUGCCAAGAUGGACAAUCAGAAUAGUGCUUUGCUGUAUAUCCAGGAGGCCAUCUCCCUAGCGCGAUUGUUGCAUCUGGAUGGCAACGAGGGCACUUGUGAGGAAAGUCCGUCUGAGGACGUUGCGAACGGGAGGAUCAUAUAUCUUCUAUUGUGGGUAACAGAAAGGGGCUACGCCAUCCAAUACGGUCUACCGAUCUCACUUCAUGAGACAGUGUCACUCUCUUCCAUCCAGAAGUCUGCAGGCGAUGUCUGCGUUCAAGGACUAACCAACUUAGCAAGUCUUUUUGUAGCCUUUGACUCCUCAUCCGUCCCGCAAUUCUCGAGGUAUAAAGAGUUUCCAGUCUCAAAGUAUCGACUCAUCGAACUUGAAGGAAUCUUCGCCAACACUUCACCUCCUCCGAAGCACUUCUCUAUAAGCCAGCAGGCAGAUAUCCUGGCAACAACAAAUUGGAUGAAGAUCCUUCUUUGGCAGCAGGCAAUGUCGCGUGGAUUCUUGUCAUCAUCUUCGAGUUGCGGUUUCAUGACCUUCGUGUAUCCUGCUCAGGUGUGCCAAGAAGUCCUGAGACGAAUACGUCUGUUUUCAACGCAAGACCUGGUACCACUAGGUCGUGAUCAGUUGGUAAAGCUAUUCGAAGUCGCGAACACGCUGGCAGACACUCUUCUCUGCAAUCCACAAAUAGCCAAACGCUCAUCAGGUCAGCUGGGACCUCCGGACUUCUUGCAUGGGCUAUACGACUUCAUCUCGCCGAUGUUGGAGCUAGAUGGUGUCUUCGACUCGAUGCUUCGUCAAAAGACUGCUGAGGUACUUGUGAGAGCACCAACUAAGUUUUGGAUGCUCAAUGGUAGCAUGCCAAUCGAGGAUGCUGUUGCUUCAGGCGUGGCGGACAGCACUGAUGAAUCUUGCGUCGAGGGGUAG